AUGCUUUCGAUCUUACCAGCAGACGACGAUGAAAAUGAAUCGAAUAUCAUUGAUUUCUUAUACCAGUUAUGUAAACGAAAUGAAAUUGAAGAAGUGCAAAGAAUUUUACCAUUUAUUGGUAAUAUUAAUUUGAUUAAUAAACUUCAUACAGUCACCGGCUCGACAUGUUUACAUGUGGCUUGCUAUUAUGGUCAUCGCGAUAUGGUCAAGAUUCUCCUCGAUUACGGCGCGACACAUUCAAUACCAAAUUUACGACAUAGUUUAACACCGUAUGAAGAAACACAUGUCGAGGAAAUCAAACAAUUGUUUCUCGAAAACAAAAAUCCGCCGUUCAAUAACGAUUAUAAUUUCAUUCAAUGGUCAUUGAUCGGUGAUGAUUUACUCAGUAAACGUCGAGAAUUUCGGAAACUUAUCGAUGUCUAUAAAACCUAUGAUAACCAUCUUCUAGUAUCAAAGUUAUUAGCAGAAGUCAUUCAUUACUAUUUAAACGAGUAUCUACUUGACGAUGCCAGAGAUGAUACACUUCGAGCACAAAUCGAAACGAUCGAAUCGUAUUUCAAAGAAGCGAUUGAUAAACAAGAUUAUCUAACUUAUUUUAUCAAAGCAUACACAUUAACCAACAUAUUCUAUCACUUUCUAAACAAAGACUUAGCUUUGUACAUCUUGGAAUACUUCGAUCAAACAAAAACAUUUUCAUCAAAUUAUCGUCUUGUCAAUUGUCUUGUGCAUCUCGUUACACUUUUAAUCUACCAUCCAAAUCUACCUCAAUAUCAAUAUCGAGGUGUAUGUUAUCGAGGAAUGCGAAUAACAACGAAUGAUUUAGAACAGUAUCAGAUCAAUCAUCAUAUAUUAAACCGAGCUUUUCUCUCAACAUCGCUUGACAGACAAGUUGCAGAAAUGUUCGCCGGCGAAGGACAACAAUCGCAAAUGAGACAUACACCGAAAGAUCAGCGUGCACUGCUAUAUUCGUGUGUAUGCCAAUAUGUUAUAAAACAAGAUUUAACAGCGAUUAAUAUCGGAAAUUUAUCGACAAGACCCGAUGAAAAAGAAAUUUUAAUCAUUCCAUUCAGUGUUUUUAAAGUAACAUCCAUCAAACGAAAUUAUAUCGAUAAUCCACAAGCAGCAAUUUCCAUUGAAAUCGAAUUAGAAGAAUGUGAAGAUCCGGAUAAACUUGAUGAGCAAUCAUCACGUUUGCUAACAGUUUUAUCCUCAGAGAAUGAUAUCAAAGAUGCUGAAGCUUAUACGAGAUUCAAGCGACGGCGAACGUUGCUUUAUGGCGCUAUUGCAAUCUUAACUGUUCUUGUUCUGAUCGCAUUGAGUGUUACAUUUAUUCUAAUUUUCGCUAUUAAGAAAUCCUACCCGAAUCACAAUUCAACAUUACUAUUAGAGAAAAUCAAUCGCCUUGAGUAUCAAUUGCCAUUCGACUGUCCGAGAAUACUGAAUCGGACUAGUUGGAAUGCACGCCCGUAUAUUACACGUGAGAAUCUGACAACUGUACCAGUCACACAUAUUGUCGUAAGACAAUUAGCAGAUGUGAAAAACGUUAUGAGCCAACAGGAUUGCAUCAAAGCGAUUCAAGAUCUUCAGGAUUUCCAAAUAGAUAUUCGAGGUUGGGCCGACAUUGGUUAUAAUUUUCUUAUGUGUAACGAUAAGAAUGAUCAUUCUGAAAUCUACCGGGGUCGAGGAUGGAUGUUUCGAGGUGCACAUUGCAUUAGUUACAAUUUUCGAUCCUUAGGUAAUCACAGUCAAAAUCAAGUUGUUCAAUCAGUACAGGAUGAUGAAAAACAACCGGUUUGGGAUGGAAAUAAAGUAGAAAUGACAAGUGUAAAGUUGGCAGAUGGUGUCUAUGCUCUCUAUGCCAAAGAUGCCGAACAGUUAAAUGCGACUGGUGGUGCAGCAGCUACGAGUGGUGGAUUGAUUAUUGGUGAGCAUGGCGUUCUAUUGAUCGAAACGUUCCUAAAUCAACGUUUGAAUCACCAAGCACAAGAAUUAAGUAGAAAAUUAUCAAGAGAUAAACCGAUUCUGUUUGCUGUGAAUACAAGUAGUCACGGUGACCAUUGCACCGAUAAUUCGAUCGUGCUUACUCAAAAACGGUACUUUCUUGAUCCAUACGAACUAAAUCAAACAUCUCUCAAUGUCAAUUCAUUUCAAUGGUAUAUUCCAUUUAACUACAUGACAUCAUCAAACUCGUCAUCAAUUCAAUGGGUCGCUCCAAAUCAAACUCGAAUAUUACCGAAUAUUGUAACGAAUAAUAAUUGGAUUGUAUUUAAUGUUGAUGAGUUCGGAUUUUAUCGUGUUAAUUAUGAUCAAGCCAAUUGGAAAUUGAUUAUCAAACAAUUAGCAACUGAUCGUAGAUCAUUUUCUAUCGUAACACGUGCACAGAUGAUCGACGACACAUUCAAUUUAGCUCGAUCUUCUGACUUAAAUGUUACUUUUGCGUUAGAGCUUGCGACUUAUUUAAUUAACGAAACUGAUUAUGUGCCUUUUCGAACGUUCUCAAUCAAUAUUUAUUAUCCAUUAGUGAUGUUUAGUCAAAAUCCGGAUGGCGUCGACUACCAGAACAUGCAAAAAUUCAUUCAGAACCUUGAAGAAAAACAAUAUAAUUCAUCGGUUUUCUCUAUGGAACAAGAAUUACAAUCACUGGAUUAUUUCACACGACAAUUACGUGCUAUGGUCAUCUCGGAUCUUUGUGCUAACGGGUAUGAUCGAUGCAUUAAGGAUUUGGUUGAAAAAUAUGGCCAAUGGCGUUCAAAUUCCACCGCUAAUCCGAUUACUCCUGAUAUUCGAACUGUGACAUAUUGUCAAGGUAUUAAAAAUGGUACAAUGCAGGAUUAUGAAAACAUGAAAACAUUAUAUAAAGAAAGUAAUGACCAAGUGGAAAAGAAUCGAUAUGGUUAUGCACUAACAUGCACACGAAAUAAAACUCUUCUGGAAGAAUUACUCAAUACAACGUUAGGGAACGAUUAUAUUCGUCUUCAAGACGCAUCGAGAUUCAUCAAUAAUAUUCGUCUUCAACCAGGUGGACAAAAGCUUGCUUGGAACUUUAUUAGUCAACAAUGGAAAGAACUGGUUCAUGUCUUUGGUAGUAUCAGUUUUACUCUGUCAGAUAUUGUUAACAAUGUUCUGGAAUAUAUGAAUACAGAGAACGAUUUACAAGCUGUGCAGAAGUUCAUGAAGGAAACAGAUGAUUUAUCGCUUGCCGAACGAGCUUUUCUUUCGUCUAUUGAAAAGAUAAAGGCCAAUAUUCGAUGGAUGAACACGAUUGGACUAGAUACUAGCACAUGGCUAAAGAAUUAUCUACCUAAAAUCAAUAUGAACAGUUAA